CUUCAAGAAACAUAAUUAACAAAGAAUACAAACCAUACCAAGGAAAGAAAAUGGAUUCUGGUGAGCAAAGUUGUGAAGAAUGGAGUUCUCUUAGUGGAUUUUACACAGCUGAGGAAGCUGAUUUUAUGGGCCAGUUACUUAAUAACUUCCAAGUUUCUGAGCACCAUUAUGGAAAUUUCAAUUUAGAAAUUCCAUCUACAUCAUGGCCAGGACAUGAAUCCAAAAUAGUGAGCAUGAAUAGUAGUUCACAUUUUCCUCAAAAUGCUGAUAAUAGUAACACUGAUGUUUUUAGUUUUUUACAAAGUAGCUCCAUUUCUGAUACUAGCAAUAUAUUUCAUAAUACAAAUGGUGGUAACAUCUGUUUGAAUGAUCAUGUAGCCAACAUUGGUUACAUGAAUGCCAAUAUUAGCACUUAUAGUGUUCAAGGUAAUGACAGCCAACAGAUAACUGAAAACACUUCUGAAGAGUUUGGUCAAGAUGUUUCGGAAUCCGCGAAAGAGGCUAUCAAGAACAACCUGGAAAAAUCAGGAAAAAGAUCUAGGAGCUCAAUGAAGGUACAAAAGAACAAGAGAAAUGUGAAAUCUAGGAAGAAACCAAAGUCGGCGUUCAAAAGCAACGCUGACGAGGAUGAAAGUCAUGAUCUUCAGGAGCAGAAUUUGAGCUCAGAGGAUGAUGAUUUCAAUGCUUCACAGAAGCUAAAUGCAGGAACAUCUUCAAUCUUGAACCAGAAUGAUUCUCCAGAUUUGAAGUUAAAGGGAAAAUCAAGAUGUAAUGGAGGAUCUGCAUCUGAUCCACAAGGAGUCUAUGCAAAAAAAAGAAGAGAAAGAAUAAAUGAAAGGUUGAAAAUCCUACAAAGCCUGGUCCCUAAUGGAACCAAGGUGGAUAUCAGCACCAUGCUUGAGGAAGCUGUGCAAUAUGUGAAGUUUUUACAGGUCCAAAUUAAGCUUCUGAGCUCUGAUGAUCACUGGAUGUAUGCUCCAAUUGCUUACAAUGGAAUGAACAUUGGACUAAACCUCAACAUUAUCCCAACCGAACUACCAUAGAUAUAUAGCAAACAAUAAAAUAGGAUGCAACAGUUUAGAGCUGAAGCUGCAUGCCAUAUUGGCAUGUUUCUAUUCUAUUCAUUGUUAUUUUAGUAGCUGCAUUUAAUCCUAAGAAUGUAUAAGCUUUCUGUAUUUCUGAACCAUAAGACAUCAUUUUGAGUUGA